GAGGAAUAUUUUUCUGUUUUGCAAGAAAGUUCCUUGUAACUUCUUGUGGUUUUGGACCUUGCUUUUUCUCUAUAUAAAUUCUUCUCCUACGCUCCCACACCAUCAAUGAUGUUCAACCCAUCUAAUACCUACUAAUUUUCUCUACUCAUCAAGAACUUCCCAGCUUGCUUUCAUAUUGGUUUUGAUAUUAAAUACACAAAAAUGGGGGUUGGAGAUUACUGGUCUGAUUUAAUGGGAAGUGGGAAUGGCAACCACCAACACAACAACAAGAACAAGAACAAGAAGCAAUUACAGACCGUGGAGCUGAAGGUGAUGAUGGAUUGUGACGGCUGUGUGCUCAAGGUUAGGAAAACUCUCUCUUCAUUAGAUGGAGUAGAAUCGGUGGAGAUAAACAGGAAGCAGCAGAAAGUAACAGUAACUGGUUAUGUGGAACCAAACAAGGUCUUAAAGAAGGCCAAGUCAACAGGGAAAAAGGCUGAGAUUUGGCCUUACGUGCCUUUCAACAUGGUGGCUAAUCCAUAUACUGUUCAAGCUUAUGACAAGAAGGCUCCUCCGGGAUAUGUGAGGAGAGUGGACAACUCUGCUGCCACCAUAGGAACAGUGACAACAGCAUAUGCAGAUUCAUACACCACCAUGUUCAGUGAUGAAAACCCAAAUGCAUGUUCUAUCAUGUAGACACUAGAGUCUAGAAAGAUUAUUAUUAUGAGAAAAAAUAAAUUAAAAGUAGUGGUGUUUUACUUUUUUCUCACGGCACUGUAAAUUUUCAAGUUUUAAAUAUAUAUAGUUUGCUUUA